AUGUCCUCCCACACAGUGGCAGCUGUCGCUCUGUUCAACGACCGCUAUGAGGUCGGCUACCUCUGCGCUGCCAUCAACGCUGCGUACUGCGAACGGCACGGGUACAGGUUUACCCCAAUAGUCCUGUCACAGUUUGAGAUGGAGGCCAUCUGUGAGGGGCGACAUUUUGCAUGGGCCAAGGUUGCCUUGCUUCGUUGGCUCUACAGCUACCUCGGCGCGGAGGGCAUUCGGAAUUCAGUGCUGGAGGCCAAGAUUGGCUCCGAAGAGCGUCAAGCGCUCUUGUCAGCGGACUGGCUGGUGUGGUUUGACGCAGAUCUUAUGGUUAUCAACCACAGCUUGCCCUUAGAGGCAUUUGUCUACGAGCAGAAGGACUUGGUGUUGGGGGAAGACAUGGCGGACCUGGACUGGCUCAAUACGGGCCUCAUGCUCUGCAAGGUCCGCUCCGCAUGGAUGCGGGAGCUUUGGGAGAAGGUUUGGCACGAAGGAGACGAGAAGUUUCAUCUCGGCGAGUUCUGGGACCAGAGCGCCCUCUGCGGGUGCCUGGCUAAGUGGGGCGAAUUCCGCCCCGAUGUUCUGGGCGGGAAGCGCGUCGCCGAGGCUGCAACGGAGACGCCGUGGUUCAGCUGGCAGGGUGGCCCCCGUCUAAGAGAGACUGAGCACCUGCAGGUGCUGGACGCAGGGGGCACUCAGACCAACAACCCCCGGUACGCGCGCUUCGCCUUCCAUGCGGCGGGCAUGAAGGACAAAAGCCGCUGCUGCCGGCACAUCGUGGAAGCCGGUGCCGUUCGCGGCCUCGGGCCGUCUGCAAGCUGUUUUGAAACCGCCCGGCUGCGCUGCCAAAGCUUCUCGGAAGGGAGCCAAAGUGCUCCAAGUGCUUGGCGGGCAGCGUUCGACGUCAUCGACUCAGCACCUGCCUUUGCUGGUGCUCCGUUUGGAUGGCCAACGGUGCAGCGGAGACUCUGGCCGAAGGAGUCCCGCGUGCAGCGCGCCGACCCGCAGACCGGGCGGGGAGGCGUCAAUGGAGGUGAAGCAAUUCCGCUACACUUGGCAGACUUGCCCCCCUUCAUGCUGACCCUGGCAGCGAUGUCUGAUACCGCGCUGGGGGAUCGGCAGGUGGAGAUGGUGGACCGCGUGCCGCGACGGGCGGACGACCCGCCACCGGCAGGCCGGCCCUUUGGUCGGCUGCGGGUGCGGCUCUGGGAGGCGGCGCGCUACGCCGCGGGCACGCCACCCUCCUCGCACUCAGUGCUGCGAGAGAUGGACCCGGCACGCGCCUGGCAAGCUCAUUGGAGGCCGUGGGCUGCAGCUUCCGGCGCCAGUGAGGCGCCCCGACUGGAGCUGCCGGCUGUUGCAGUUGCUGGGGGCGAUCCCCGGCUUGAGGAGGCAUUGCUUGCUGUGGCCCCACCGGGUGCAGAAGUGCGUCUCCACCAAUUGAAGGAGGGGCAAACCUGGCUUCUAUGGCAGCUGGAUGGCAUGCAGCAGGUACUCCUCUUCCCCCCUGACGCUGCGAAGAUCAGGGCAGGAGGCAAACUCUUGGAGCCGGGGCAGAGUGCUUAUGUGCCCUGGGCCGACGAUGAGGCAGAGCCUCACUCCGUGGUCCUCGUCAAGGCCGAGGCGCUGUGCGUGCCCGGCGGCUGGUUCCUAGCCAGCCGGGGCCUCGCAGCCUCCGUGACGCUGUUGUGCCCGCUGGGUCCGCAGCCUGAGUGCACCGAGCCCCGGGACCAGGGGCCCUUCACGCCACAGGAGCUGCAUGCGGCAGCUGCGCAGCUCCUUCACCGGCCGGAAGGGCUGCAAGGUGGCCUGCCAGGGGCACUGAAGCACACACUUCAAUCUGGAGGCGCCGCCUCCCCGAGAGUGCCGCGCUACAAUGCCGUGUGCCAUGUAGCCCUCUACACGGGGAGGCCGCCGGUGCUGUGCAAGUCCUCUCGGUGCGGGUCGCCAGAGGUGUUCUCCCUGGGGGCAGAUGCGUCCCUGGAGCCGAUUGAGGGCGCCCUGCGCUCCAUGUGCGUGGGCGAGCGAGCUCUGAUUGCACUCCCGUCACAGGCCAAAGUGCUCGACGUGGAGAUCCUGGCAGCUUUGUGUCCUGAAGCUUCGGUGGACCCGCAGGAUUUCUCUAAAGUCUACUCACGUGCCUGGUGGACGUGGUUCGAGGCAUCCUUGAACAUCCACUGGAAGCCAACUGCUGCCUUUCUCGCUACAGAGGCUAAGGCUAGGCGGAGGAGCCCCGCCUGUGGCAGCCACUUCCCUUCCGUGGCGUCCCUGCGCCUUCGCUUUGCAGCCGCUGCGGGUGUUUCCGAAGUCAGCCAAGGCUGCGCCGCUUGCCAGCAAGUGGCCUACUGUUCGAAGGUGAUUGGCUGUGAGCUCUGCUUUAAGCUUUUGUUGUCGCUCUUUGAAGACCUGGGUCUGGGCUUUCUGGAGGGUGUGGAGGUGUUUGCCACCGGUCCGAGGAUAGGACCAAAGGCCUUCAUCGCAUUCCGCUUUCUCUCUGCCGUCAUCUUUCUGGGCCACGGCAUAGCACAUCUCGUCUGGCGCCUCGAGGAGGGUGAUGGAUGGUUCUACUUAAUCUUCCUCACCCACUGGGCGCUGUGGCUUGAGGUUCUCAGCGAGAUCUUGCUGCUGGUGCUGGCCAUUCAGGGGUACCGGCGCCUCUCAGAACCGAGGCUCUCCGGCCUCCCCACGCUGGUUCGAGUCGAGAUGGCGCUCUAUGCGAUUGUGCUCCCUACUUCCCUGGUGGUGGUGGCCUUGUACUGGUCCUUGGUGACGCCAAUCUGGGACGUGGUGAGCGGAGCGAUGGAUCCUCCUAUCUAUGUGUCCAUCUUCGCCCACCUGCUGAACUUCCUGCUGCUUCUCUUCGGUCUGCUCAUCAGCCGCCUCCCAUACUCCAUCUUCCGAGUUGGCUGGGUGAUGCUGUUUGGGCUCACCUAUGUGCUGUGGACGAUCAUCCACUACGUCGCACAGAUUGGCAAGGUGAGCUGUGACAACUAUACUUUGCCCCAGGAGUGCCCCAUCUACGAUGCCUGGGACUGGAACGAGCCGUUGAUCCCCACUGUGAUCACUCUUGGGCUCCUGGUAGCUGGACAGCAGGGCACUGCAGCCAAAACAUCCCUGGACAGAGAGUUCACUUCUACGUAG